AUGUGUAGUGAGCAUUUCUCUUCAUUACUUUACCGUGUAAUGUCAGAUUUCUGCUCAGUCUGAUCUGCUGGAGAAGGAGGGAUGUGUGAGGAGGAACGGAGAGGCAGGACAGUCAUGAGUAGCAGUCCUUCAGGAACACCAGUCUGAGAAACACCAUUUCAAGCAGACUUUACUCAGGUAAUUUCCUGGUGAGAAUCAAUGAUCCAGUACAACUGCUCGUCUCCAGACUCGCUGUACGCCGCUGUGAAUGCGUCAUGGUGCUCCACCAGAGAGGACGAAUGUCACAACAGAACAGCGAGCCAGUCGGACCUCUGUCUGAGCCGCAGCGCUUACCUGGAGAAGUACCUGGGCCCUUGCCGUUCACCCUUCUUCCUGCCCAUGUGCGUCACUUACCUGCUCAUCUUUGUAGUCGGCGUGCUGGGCAACAGCCUGACUUGUAUAGUCAUCGCCCGUCACCGCGUGAUGCGCACAACCACAAACUAUUACCUGUUCAGCUUGGCCAUUUCUGACCUCCUCGUGCUGCUGCUGGGUCUCCCGCUGGAGCUAUAUGAUCUCUGGAGCAACUAUCCCUUUCUGUUCGGCGUCGCUGGCUGCUACUUCAAAACCUGCCUGUUCGAGACGGUCUGCUUUGCGUCUGUGCUCAACGUGACCGCCUUGAGCGUCGAGCGCUACAGAGCGGUGGUGCAUCCUCUGCAGGCCAAACACGUGGUGACGCACGCUCAUGCCAAGCGCGUUAUCCUCGUGCUCUGGGCCGUCUCACUGUUGUGUGCCUUGCCCAAUACCAGUCUGCAUGGUGUGGAGACAUUUAAGCCCCGUUUUGGACUCACAUUCCCCGAUUCGGGGGUCUGUACCGUGGUGCACGAUAGGUGGAUCUACAACUUGCUGGUGCAGGUGACGGCGCUGCUCUUCUUCAUCCUGCCGAUGCUGACCAUCACUGUGCUGUAUGUGCUGAUCGGCCUGCAGCUGCAUCAAGAACGGGACUGUUUUGAUUCAAAGAUCGGGCUCAAUCAGGAUGGUGUACAGAGGGCACGUCAUCGGCAAGUCACAAAAAUGCUCUGUGCAUUGGUGAUUGUGUUUGGGAUCUGCUGGGCCCCGUUUCACAUCGAUCGUGUCAUGUGGAGCUACAUUGAUGACUGGACUGCAGAGAACCACCAUGUCUUCGAGUACGUGCAUCUUCUUUCUGGUGUCUUCUUCUACUUGAGCUCAGUGGUCAAUCCCAUCCUGUAUAACCUCAUGUCUUCACGCUUCAGAGAAAUGUUCCGUGAGGUGGUGUGUCAAAAAGACCAUCGUCAGCUCUCAAUAAGUAAGGUCACAUUACGUAGUGUUGUUUCUGCCUCUUUUUCUGCCUCCAAUUCGGUCUCAUUUUCUGUCAAAUUCAACCCUCGUGGGCUGCCACACACCCUGUAGUUAUUUUACUCAAAUACUAUCAUUCAUAGUUGCGCUGUCAAAGUAUUCAAUGCUGUGUAUACAAUUACAUUAAUGAGUGCUCAUGUAAUCAUGUUAAUAUUCAGAGAU